CGUGCUGGCAGCUGGAACCGCGAAGGGGUCGGUGUUCGCUGUGUCUCCGAAGACUGAGGAAGGAAGGGAUAGAGGGCUAGCGUAAGUGCUCCCCUUGGCCGCAUGAGUCCCAAAAGGAAUAUUCCCUUCCGGUCAGGCCAGUGCCCUUAGGAACCGGCCCCGCCCACUUCCCGGCCUACAUUCUCUUUCCCCUUCCCAGGUGGGGACCUGCUUAGUUCUUCUUGUUCUGUCCCUGAGCUCCUGCCAAGGCCAUGAAGCUCGUGAGGAAGGACAUUGAGAAGGACAAUGCGGGCCAGGUGACCCUGGUCCCGGAGGAGCCGGAGGACAUGUGGCACACUUACAAUUUAGUGCAGGUGGGCGACAGCUUGCGCGCCUCCACCAUCCGCAAGGUACAGACCGAGUCCUCCACCGGCAGCGUGGGAAGCAACCGGGUCCGCACUACCCUCACCCUCUGCGUGGAAACCAUCGACUUCGACUCUCAAGCCUGCCAGCUGCGGGUGAAGGGGACCAACAUCCAAGAGAACGAGUAUGUGAAGAUGGGGGCUUACCACACCAUUGAGCUGGAGCCCAACCGCCAGUUCACCCUGGCCAAAAAACAGUGGGACAGUGUGGUCCUGGAGCGCAUCGAGCAGGCCUGUGACCCAGCCUGGAGCGCUGAUGUGGCGGCUGUGGUCAUGCAGGAAGGCCUCGCCCACAUCUGCUUAGUCACUCCUAGCAUGACCCUCACUCGUGCCAAGGUGGAGGUGAACAUCCCUAGGAAACGGAAAGGGAACUGCUCCCAGCAUGACCGUGCCCUGGAGCGGUUCUAUGAACAGGUGGUCCAGGCCAUCCAGCGACACAUAAACUUUGAUAUUGUAAAGUGCAUCCUGGUAGCCAGCCCAGGAUUUGUGAGGGAACAAUUCUGCGACUACAUGUUUCAACAAGCAGUGAAGACUGACAACAAACUGCUCCUGGAAAACCGGUCCAAAUUUCUUCAGGUACAUGCCUCCUCUGGACACAAGUACUCCCUGAAAGAGGCUCUUUGUGACCCUACAGUAGCUAGCCGCCUUUCAGACACUAAAGCUGCUGGAGAAGUAAAAGCCCUGGAUGACUUCUAUAAAAUGUUACAACAUGAACCUGACCGAGCUUUCUAUGGACUCAAGCAGGUGGAGAAGGCCAAUGAAGCCAUGGCAAUUGACACAUUGCUCAUCAGUGAUGAGCUCUUCAGGCACCAGGAUGUAGCCACAAGGAGCCGGUAUGUGAGGCUGGUGGACAGUGUGAAAGAGAAUGCUGGCUCCGUUAGGAUAUUCUCAAGUCUUCAUGUAUCUGGUGAACAGCUUGGCCAACUGACUGGGGUAGCUGCCAUUCUCCGAUUCCCUGUCCCUGAACUCUCUGACCAAGAGGAUGAUUCCAGUUCUGAAGAGGAUUAAUGACUGAAACUUAAAACUGAGACGAGACAACCUUGUGUCUCACUCCCUCACUGUAUACCAUGCACUUCCCAGGGCCCUUGUGACAGAAGGCUGCUAGACUGGCACUUUUUGAUUCAUACAGGGGUUUCUUACCUAUUUGGUCAAACUAGGUAUUUUGUUGUUGGCAGGACAUGUAUUCAAACUAAACAAUAAAAGGAAGUAAUUCUAAGUACUACCA